AUGGCGUCUGAAGAGCUGUCUUUGCCUCGUCUUCCCGGUGUCUCCUGGGAUGAGCACUCUCAGAGCUUCUCCAACAACCCUCGCAAACGCGUCCGCAAUUCCACGUCCAAGCACGCGCCAUCUCCCGCCUUUAACAAUUCAAGUGACCCGGCCAUCUUCUCCAGCGAUGAUGAUCCGGCCUUGGACAAUUAUGUAGAGGGCAGGCGCAAGAAGCGCUACGUCGGUUCUUGGUUCCAGCAGCACCCUACCUCGUCUGACUCGACCUUUGGCGGCGACAGCCGCGACACCAUUCACGUCACUAAGCAGAGACGCGCUUGGUCGCGACAAGCAGACAGUGGUGUGUUCCUUCCCAGCGAUGGUGAUGGAAAUGAGAGCGACGAUGUUAUGGACCUCCCUGCACCCCCGAAGCCGCGGCUUCCGCAGCUCAACCGCGUCGUGCGCCGCGUCUCCAAGGCGGAGCAAAUCGCUCGCGACAAGGUCCAAGCCUGUCUCGACCAAGGCGAAGAGACAAUUGACUUUUGGUCAAUGGGAUUGGAAGACAUCUCCAAUGAUACCAUUAGUCCUUUGUCACAGUUCACCUGCAUCCCUGUCGUCACCAAGGAUGUCGCCUUUGAGCAAAAGGACCCUGAGCUCAAGAUCUAUAUGGCCAUGAACCGGUUGACUCGGGUUCCCGGUGCCAUCUUUGAUCUCACACAUCUUACUAUCCUCAGUCUUCGCCAUAACAAGCUCACUGAGCUUCCGUCUGCAAUUGCCAAGCUUCACAAUCUCAAAGAGCUCAACGUUUCACAGAACCGGCUGCGACAUUUGCCUGUGGAACUGCUCGAUCUAUUCUCGUCAGACAAUGACCUUCGCACCCUUGUUGUCCACCCCAAUCCUUUCUGGCAACCAGAUGACCAAUUGGAGCAGGUUUCAGAAGACCAACCUGAUAACUUGCUCUUUUCUUACGCACCAGAAUCAGAGUCCUCCCCAUUGCCCCAUUUGGUGAGCAGGGUGUUGGGCCGCUCCCCCUUGCAACUUUCCAAUACGACAGGCAGGGUCGUAUCCGAGUUCAAGUUUCCCACAGACCAUACCAAGCACAUUCUUCCUGUCGAUGAUUUUGAGUCUGACAGCUCCACAUCCUCUCCCGUCUCUGCCACUCCCAGCUCACAACCCCAAGCGAGCCGUGUCCCAAGUCUUCUUGAAACAGCCCUCCGAGCCUGUUAUCAAAGUGCUCAACUCCCAGAGAUGCCGUACUAUAUCCCCGACGGCCUCACCCAUCUCCGGAAGCUUCUUGAGAGGGCACAGAGACAGAAGGAUGCUGGUGGCCUGACCUGCUCACGGUGCCGCAAGUUUAUGGUUAUCCCAACCAUUGAAUGGGUUGAGUGGCGAGAGAUCCGAACUUGCAAGGAAGUUGGUCCAGAAGCCCCCUCAGUCGUGCGUAUGACGCCGCUGAGUAUGGCGGAAGGCGAGAGGACUGUGCCGUUUGUGUAUAGAGGAUGCUCAUGGCGAUGUGGGCCGGGGGAUAUGGAUAAGGCAAGUUGGGGUUUGCCAUCUGGAAAUCUUGUUCCAUUUUCAGCGGAUGAUUUGAACGCUUAA